AUGAGAGAGAUCUCCAGUGCGGAGCCGGCAGCAGUCUGCGCAUCGAUCAGGAUGAGGAGGAUUCCGAAUAUCGUCUCCAUCUUCCUCUUCUCCCUCCUCAUCGCCCCGUCUGUCCUGGGGGAGACCCUUCCGCAGGUGACGCACACCUACCUGGCGCACAAGGACCCCGGUGCCCCCCAGAACAAUGCCACGGCCAGGCUGCAGAUCAUCUCUAUGGACUACGGACACGUCAAAAUCCCGCUGGAGAUAACGCUGUGGAUUAUGUUGGCAUCACUCGCUAAAAUAGGCUUCCACCUGUCACGCCGCGUCACCGCGGUGGUGCCGGAGAGCUGUGUCCUGGUCACCGUGGGCCUAGUCAUGGGCGGCAUUAUAUUCGCGGUGGACAAACAAGCUCCGGUCAUGAACAGCGACGUCUUCUUCCUCUACCUGCUGCCCCCCAUUGUCCUGGACGCCGGGUAUUUCCUGCCCAUCCGGCCCUUCUUCGAGAACAUGGGGCCCAUCCUGUGCUACGCGGUGCUGGGGACCCUCUGGAACGUGGGCGGUGUUGGCUUCUCUCUGUAUGGACUCUGCCAGGUGGAGGCCGUGGGUCUGCAGAACAUCUCGCUGCUCCAUAAUCUCUGGUUCGGGAGCCUCAUCUCCGCUGUCGACCCCGUGGCCGUCCUCUCCGUGUUUGAGGAGAUUCACGUCAAUGAGAAACUCUACAUCCUGGUGUUUGGUGAAUCUCUGCUGAAUGACGCCGUAACUGUGGUUCUAUAUAAGCUGUGUGAAGCGUUCAGUACAAUGUCGGAUAUUCGGCCAGCGGACGCCUUGGCCGGAGUCGGGACGAUCUUCUUAGUCGGGAUUGGCGGAGUCUUCAUUGGCCUCGUAUUUGGCUUUGUGGCCGCGCUGACAACAAAAUUCACAGAACACAUCCGAGUCAUCGAGCCGCUGUUUGUCUUCCUGUACAGUUACCUGGCGUACCUGACCGCCGAGAUCUUCCACCUUUCCGGCAUCAUGGCGAUCAUCGCCUGCUCGGUGAGUAUGAAGCGCUACGUGGAGGCCAAUAUAUCCCAGAAGUCGUACACAACGGUGAAGUAUUUCAUGAAGAUGUGGAGCAGCGUCAGCGAGACCCUCAUCUUCUUCUUCCUCGGCCUCUACACGGUGGGGAACAAUCACGACUGGAACUGGACCUUCAUCUCCCUGACCCUCUUCUUCUGCCUCUUCUGGAGGGCCCUAGGUGUUGUGGUGCUGACGAGCAUCUUGAAUAAGCUCUCCCUGACCUCCAUCACGGUGAAGGAUCAGUUCAUCAUCUCCUAUGGUGGUCUUCGUGGCGCCAUCUGCUUCUCAUUGGUCUUCCUUCUUCCGGACUUCCCGCAGAAAAAGCUUUUCAUCGCAGCCACCACUGUGGUCAUCCUCUUCACCGUCUUCGUCCAGGGAAUGACCAUACGGCCGCUGGUGGAGUUACUGGAAGUGAAGAGGAAGGAGGGGCACCCCUCCACCGUCACCGAGCAGGUCAACAUUCGGCUUCUGGACCAUCUGGUGGCCGGGAUAGAGGACGUGUGCGGGCACUGGGGACAAUUCUACUGGAAGGACAAGUUUGAAUAUUUCGACAAUAAAUACCUGGGGAGGAUUCUGCUGCGAGACAACCAGCCGAAGUCCAGCAUUGUCCUCCUGUACGAGAAGCUGGAGAAGAAGCACGCCAUUGAGCUGGCUGAAGCCGGGCAAUUGUCUGACCUCUCCGCAUCCUCUGCCCCGCAUAAACAUCACAAGCCGUCAUUUGGAAAAGAGAACCUGUCUACGCAGCAGCUGGAGGACAUCAAGAAGAUAUUGUCCCGGAAUCUGUAUCGGAUCAGGAAAACGACUCCAUCGUAUAGCAGACACACUCUGUCUGCGGACCCCGGGACCCAACAAGCGAAAGAGAUUCUGAUCCGGAGACAGCAGAGCCUGCGAGUAACUCUCAGCAAGUGUGAGCACCCGUACAGGAAGCAGAGCGCUGAUUCAGCUUUGCUGCGCAAUGAGCCCCAAAAAACGGCAAAAUUAUUCCGAUCGUUAACUGUCGGAGCUCCGGACACUCCGGUGAAAUACGGCAGGGGGAACGUAGACGGCAGCGGCGGCGCAGCUCUGCCGUGCGAAACAACGGAUGAGACGAUCGAGGAGGAAGAUUGA